UUUUAAAUCAAAGUGUAGUGCAAAAGGAUUGCAGUGACAAUGUUUUGAAAGGAUAAUAUCUUAAUCGUUCGGUAUGUACGAAGUGUCGUGCGUAGCCGGCAACAAGGUUGAUGCUGCUUACGCGGUCAAGAGUCUAUCCAACGUGGUACCACCCGGCAUGGGUCACACCGUGUCAGUGCAGCGCCACAAUGCGCACUCGCAAUCUUACAAACACAAAAAUGAGUUACCAAUACCGCCGCCCGUGAGCAAGCCUGACGCUAUCAAGUCCCAUGUCAUGAGAUUGCUCAAACGUUCCAAGAGUCACACGCCGGCUACUAGAUUGGAGGACCACCAGCCCGAUCCGAGGGUCGAAAGGCGUACAGUUUUCGCUCGUCCCGUGACUGAUGAGCAGCGUCGCAGGAGGAGCACUAUGGACAGGAGGCGUGCUGACAAGCGAGUGGUGGUGACCAUUGUCGAUGGUCUCCCGGUGGUUGUGACGGGGCAGAACCAGCAUAAUCCACCGCCCGUGACGCACCAUAGACACUCGCACCGCGAUAAGAUACCGCCGUCUCGCUCCCCGACGGAUUCGACGACUGUUUUGAACCAGAAUCUUUUGGUUUAUUGUUGUUGAUGAUGAUAGUGUUUUUUUACUUCUAAUCAAUGAUGUGUUUUUCUUGAUUCCGUAAAUUUUCAUCUUGGACCUCAUGUUAAAAGUCAAUCUAGGGUUUUAAAAUAAAAGUAUAACCCUGCUUUUGUUUUUAGAAUUGAAUUCUUUUCUGGGUAGACACAUCUUUUGAACCGUUCCAAGUUUGUGAGGUAAUGUGAUCAGUGAUCACUGAAUGAUGAAUGUUGGUAGAUAGAUUUUUCUUUUGUUUACAUACAUACAUAAAAUCACGCCUCUUUCCCGGAGGGGUAGGCAGAGACUACCUCUUUCCACUUGCCACGAUCUCUGCAUAUUUCCUUCGAUUCAUCCACAUUCAUAACUCUCUUCAUGCAAGCUCGGCGGUUUCGGAUACUUUUGACGGUCUUCCCACUCCGACCUUUCCCACCACACCCUCCAUGUAUAUCUGCUUAGUCAACCUGUUUUCAUUCAUCCUCUCCACAUGACCGAACCAUCUCAACAUACCCUUUUCUAUUCCUGUAACUACAUCUUCUUUCUUUUGUUUACUAUGUUGAUUUUUGGCUUGUAUAGGUUCUUCGCUGAGUCUUAAGAUAUCAAUAUGUAGGUACUUAAAGAUUAUCUUCAAGUGAAAAUUAUAAUAAAUAUACAUCAGUUAGGUAUUUUUGUUGCUUCUGUUGUAGAUAUUUUUUGGUUUGAUUUGGGAUAGUAUUUAUAUCUUUCAAGUCCAAUCCAGCUCAUUUGUCUAUCAUAUCACGCGUGCAAUCGAAAUUAAUUGAACCAUUAUCUUUUUUCAAUUCCCUAUCGCUGUAGAAACUGGUAUCGCAUUCGGCUAUGUGCGUCAACUCAGUAUUGAAUUUUAGAUGUCUCUGACGUCAUGUAUAAUGAACGCUUAGUUUUCCUGAACAGGGCAAGGUCGUAUCGUAUCGAUAUCUAAGUUUAUUUGUAGACUUGAUAUAGGAUUCGUUCGUGUCACGUUUUCACCACUUAUCACUCUGAUAGUGGAGGUAAACG